GAUAGUGAGCCGUUCAUGUGGAAUUAUGUAGACAACUGUGUUAUGGCGUAAAUGUUGUGAAUAUAGGAAUGGAUUCAAAAGCUACUAACGCCAUCAGUAAAGGGGAGAUGUGUAUGUCAGACGAAAAACGGAGAAGGUUAGCAGAGAAAUUAGACCAGGAGUUGGAUGAAUUUAUUGGAGGGUUAGAAAAACGAUCGUCCACUGAUGAAUGGCCAGAGGACCGAUGGCAAGAGGAAAUGGAAAAGCAUCCAUUCUUCAUGACCAAAACACCAGAAGCAGGAGAGCCACUGUCGCCACUCAUGGAGGGCCUGCAGCAGCUCAAGUACAGUGAAACUGAUAACACACCACAAGAAUUGGCAGCUACAUAUAAAGAAGAUGGUAACUAUAAUUUCAAGAUAAAAAAAUAUCGCCUUGCAAUAAUGAGCUAUACAGAAGGAUUGAAGCAGCGAUGCGGAGAUUCCGUGCUUGAAUCAGAAUUGUAUAACAACCGAGCAGCUGCACAUUUCUUCUUGAAAAACUACAGGUCAUGUCUGUUCGAUUGUCGAGCAGCGCUGAAAAUUCGGUCAUGUUACCCCAAGGCACAGGUCCGCGCUGCUCAGUGUUGCAUGUUUCUGCAGAGAUACGAUGAAUGCAUCGCUCUGUGUGACAAAAUGCUUCUUGGUUCCCCUACUGACAAAGUUAGUCUGGAACUUCGAGCCAGAGCUGUUGCAGGAAAGAAAAUGGAAGAGAGAAACAUCCGGAAGCAAAAUGUAUCAGAAAGAAAGGAAAAAGAGAAGGAACAGGCAUUGCUGAGAGCCAUAAAGGAGAGAGGGAUUCAUAUAGAAGGGACAGAACUAUCCAUGGCGGCAUUAGAACCCAGCAGUCCGGUGGUGGCACAGGGGCAUGUACACCUGGAUGGAAAAGGCAGUCUGGUGUGGCCUGUCAUGUUCCUAUAUCCAGAGUACGAAGUCUCUGACUUGGUUCAAGAAUUCUGUGAGGAUGACACGUUCUCACAACAUCUCACUGCCAUGUUUGAGUCAACCCCUGACUGGGAUAAAGAUUCCUCGUAUAUUCCUUCUGAGCUGAACAUAUACUACGAAUGCAGAGGUCGUCAUACGCUGCAUCAAGUUACCGCUAGUGGCACACUAGGCGAAGUCCUAGCUAGAGAAACUUACGUGGUAUAUGGAGGCACGCCAUGUUUCCUGGUGACUGUUCGAGGGAGCAAAGUGGAACAAAAUCUUCUGGCAAGAUAUUCAUAAUAGGUAAUAUAAUUGUAAAACCAGGAAGAUGGUCACAGAAACAAACAUAAAAAAAUAGGACCUUUAACCUUUAACGACCGAAAGUCCGGUAUACCGGACGGUACCUGUGACCUCGAAGAUGCCGAAAGUCCAGUAUACUGGACGCAAGACACGUGCUCACUUUAGAAGUGCUGCCGGUUAGACGUUGAGUUUGAAACCAAAACAAACACACGCAAGUUCAAGUCAGAGGUCCAAUUGUUGGCUCUGAACAAUAAAACCCUUCAUCAUGGCACUGGGUUCGAUUUCGUUUACAUGUAGGUAAGACUGUUUGUGACUUGGUCAGCCAAACAGAGUGGAAGCUUCUUCACAGAACAGCUGACCCAACAUUCCUCUGUGCGGGCAGAUCACUGCUUCUGUAGCUCUCAAGGAAGUGUGACGUGUUUAGUGAGUGUCUGAAUUAUCAGCUUGUGAGUCAGUGGCGGACUGUUUCUCUGGGGAAGCCAAGAUUUUUCAUUGAGUCAUCUGGAACUGAACAUUGACAACACUGUCCGGCCAGCCAGAUAGAAACAAUAACUUCCUGUUUGUUCGCUAAGCGAGAGACUGAACCAGAUUGUCUACCAGCGUAUGAGAAGUGAGGUCUGUGUGACCUUCACAUCGCGCUGAAGCAAACUCUGCCUCUCCGCGCUCCCGCACGCAGUAUCUAUAGUAGCGUAAACUUACACGACGCAACGAGUUGAAACUCGUGUACAGUCUGACCAAACAUUUUGGUGUAUAGUGUCAAUGUAUUUUGGAUAUAACGACGUCUCAAAUUUGAAGAAAAAAUUAUGGGUAAGUCUUUUGGAAUUUCAUUACACAUAUAAAAGAGAGUAUAUUUUGAAUUUCAUGACAUAACAAUCACAGUUAAUUUUUAUUUGUAAAAAUUGCCUUAGGUAUAUUGUAGGAAAUUUCAUUCUCUUUCAGGCGGUUUUUAGUUCGUAAUUCUAAGCUGCAUAGAACGGAAAAUAUGUAGUUUUUUCUGAAAGUCUACAAUAUUAAAAGGGCAACGUCAAAUUAACUCCGGCAGCAGCGCAGUCGUGGGGGGUUUAAAUGCCGACUCUUAAAGGUUAAUGAACAGUUGAGAAUUGCUAACGUAUAGACAUCACAGAAAACCAACCAAGUUUAAGUGUACAGGCGUACUAUACAAAGUAAACCUGAAUAAUGUACAUCCCACACUUAAUGAACAAGGUUUUAAGUAGUUAUGCUGAAACACAGCAGUACAGUUUUCUGGCUUAUGCUACUCAUUAUGCUGAGAACUUCCUGCAGAUCAUUCAGCCACUGAGGCAGAAGAGUUGGAUGCAGGUGGCUCAACAGCAUGCAGGAAGCCCUCUGACAAUCACGUACAAUACUGAAUGAUACAAGGACAAGCAGUCAUAUUAUAUGUACAAAUAAAGAUUCAACAAGAGAUCACUUUAUAAUCUGGUCUGCUAUUUCUUUCAGUUCCAUUUGAUAAGCCUCACGUCGCCUUCUGUUGAGCAGCAAAUAAAACAGCUUGUCGCUGGGUACUGCAUGCAGUGCAGCGUCUAACAGAACUUGGCAUAUCGACAUAAAUACGACACUUCAUGCUUCUAAUUGGGUCAUGUAAACCAGUUCCUGUGCAGAAUGCUAGACGAUGAAUUUUGUGAAGGUAUGCAGACACUUGCUGUAGUGAUUGAAGAGGUUGGGUUGGUACUCCUGCAGGCAACUUGAGCUUCAUUUCUCUGAAGAAGACGGCUGGGAUAAGACUCU